CCGUCAUCCUAAAGUUGCUCCUGGCUGUGUCGGGCCACGGUGGCGACGAGGACAGCAGAAGGCCCAAGGGCGCACCGCGCACCACUGCCCGCCCACAGCAAUGCGCCGCCCCUGCGCACCGAUGGACGAGGAGGCCGCGUUCUUGCUGCUCGAGCCGCGAGUCGCGGCGGCCUCCGGGGGACGGUUGCGGCUGGUGAACACUCGCGAGCGCGGCCGGUGCCUCGUGGCUGCGCGCGACCUGGAGCCAGGCUGCCGCAUCCGCGACGUGCCCGUGGCGCUCCACGGCACCGCGCGCGGCGCCCACCUGGCGUCGGUGCUGAGGCCGCAGACGGGCUGCGGCAGGCCGCUGCCCUCAGGCGACCUGCUCGCCGCGCUGGACUUCCUCGCGUCGCUGGUGCGCGCCCUGGCGGUCGAGAGCUGCGAGGAGGAGGGCGCUGCCUGGAGCCUGUGGGCGCUGUACCGCUUCCCCGGGGGCCCGAGGCGAGUGGCGGUGGUCCGCAAGUGGCACCGCGAGUUCCAGGACGAGUUCCGCGCAGUGGAGGUGGAGACCAUCGAGGCGGCGUGGCAGCACGUGGUGCCCAACUGGCGCAGCCUGAAGACCGCGACGCCGAGCGGCGGGUGGGUGGAGUCUUCCGACGGCUCCCCAGAGCCGGUCCUCGCCCACGAGAACGUGUGCGGCCUCUGGAUGCUGAUGGCGCUUUGCGAGCACUCGUGCGCGCCCUCGUGCGCGAUCGCGCACGACGGGGCCGACCUGUGGCUGACAGUCCUGCGCCCGCUGAAGGCUGGCGACGCCAUCACCACGUCGUACCUGGGCAUGCAGGGCCUCGCAGAGCCCGUGGAGAGCCGGCGGGAAAACCUCCAAGAGGCGUGGGGGUUCGCGUGCUCCUGCCCCCGAUGCCAGCUCGAAGCCUCCGCCGGGCCGGAGGGAGGCCCAGCCUGCGCGGAUGACCUGCGGCGCCUGCCGGCGCUGCUCGAGCGCUGCUGCUCACCUCCUGCGGGGGCGGCGGGCGAUGAGCUCGCCGCCCACUGCGACGGCCUCGACGCGCUCUGCGACCUGUCGCGACGGCUGCACCCGGGGGCCGCGGACCCUACGACGCAGUCCUUGCUGCUCAUGCUUGCCCUGUUCGCGCCCGAGGGCGAGCGCGCCCGGCGCGCCCGCCGUGCGCUGCAGGGCGCGUGCGAGCUGCUGCAGGGCGAGGGCUCGCCGGCGGCCAGGCUCGCGGCGCUGCUCCUGGAGGACCCCGCGGCGCUCGUGCGGCGGGCGGGCGAGGAGGCGCGGGCGGCCAUGGCCGCGGACGGGGCGCGCCCGCCCCCGCCGGCGCCGGAGUGCGCCGGCGCGGGGGCUGCGGAGGCGGCCCUGCGGGAGCUGUACGGGAGGUACCUGCUGUCCCGCGGGUGGCCGCUGCGCCGGGUUGCGCCCGGCGGCUGCUGGGUGCCGUCAGCCGCCGCCGCCACGGCGCCGCGCGCUACUGGGGAGGCCACCGUGGAGCAGAGCGGGGAGGUGAAGUGCUUCGUGAGCGAGCACGACAGCCUCUCGGACACGCCCCCUUGCGACCCGACGUGCAUGAGGACCUUCGCCUCUCUGUUGGAUGCCGAGUCCCUGGACGACGUAGGAGAGGUCCUCGAGGCGUCGCUCUGGGGCGGCACGACGCCGGAGCCCGGCAGGUGUCACAAGGUCGACCUGCCAGACGGCGCCGCCGUGUCCUGCCCGUGCCCGCCCGAGCCGGGGGCUCACGCGGUCGACGUCCGCCUGGACGAGGUGCCGUGGCGGCGUAACGCCGACGCCUGCACGACGGUGGGUUUGGCCGAGGACCUCGACGGUGCGCUGUGGGUGCGUUCGCCCUCGUGGGCGAGGGGCCUGGCGGGCGAGGUGGAGCUGCCCUGCCUCUACCUGGCUGGGUCGGCCGUCGGGCCCGCGGCGCCCGACGUCCUUGUCGUCAACGCGGACAAGGCCCAGGUGCUCUCGCACCUCGCGCGGCUCCACCAGCGCGCCCAGGCCUGCCGCGCCGCGGGCUGGGCGCUGCUCCUCCUGGCCUGCUGGCUGGGCUGCCUGCGCGGCUGCUGCUGGGCGUGCUGCGGGCAGGCCGCGGGCAAGGCGGAGGCGGCGAGGGAGCCGCCCGGGGGCGGCGGCGUGGGCGGCGGCGGGGAGGCCGAGGCGAGGCGCGCCGCCCGGAUGCGGAG